GAGUGUGUAGAGAGAGAGAGAGAGAAGGGAGUGUGAUAAGAGAGUGAGGGCUUUGAUUUUUCUGGGUCACAAAAGGCUUGGUUGGUUCCGCAAUGGCCGCGGUAUCCACAUCCUUUGUAUCUUCCCAACUGUCUGGUGGGCGAUCUGUGGCCGUCCGAUCCUCAUCUCUGAAGAAGCCCUUAUUGAAUCUCCAGCCUUCUUCUUCUCACUCUUCUUCCUUACUCUUUGAUCGCAUCGCCCGAAACCUCCAGGUCUCUGGUCAAGGUUGCAGAGGAGUCGUGGCCAUGGCUGGUUCAGGAAAGUUCUUUGUUGGAGGCAAUUGGAAGUGUAAUGGGACAAAAGAGAGUAUUAGCAAGCUUGUUUCUGACUUAAACAAUGCAGAACUUGAGCAAGAUGUUGAUGUUGUUGUUGCACCUCCAUUUGUAUAUAUCGAUCAGGUAAAAACCUCAUUGACUGAUCGCAUUGAGGUAUCUGCUCAGAACUCUUGGGUUGGUAAGGGUGGAGCUUUCACGGGUGAAAUUAGUGUGGAGCAACUAAAAGAUAUUGGCUGCAAGUGGGUUAUUCUUGGCCAUUCUGAACGGAGACAUGUUAUUGGUGAAGAUGACCAGUUUAUUGGGAAGAAAGCUGCUUAUGCCUUAAGCGAGAACCUCAAGGUAAUUGCAUGCAUCGGAGAGAAGCUAGAAGAAAGAGAAGCUGGGAAAACAUUUGAUGUUUGUUUCCAACAGAUGAAGGCUUUUGCAGAUAAUAUUCCCAGCUGGGACGAUGUGGUCAUUGCAUAUGAGCCUGUUUGGGCAAUUGGCACUGGUAAAGUAGCAACUCCUCAACAAGCUCAGGAUGUCCAUAUGGCUGUUCGUGAUUGGCUUAAGAAAAAUGUCUCAGCCGAAGUUGCUUCCAAAACACGCAUUAUCUAUGGAGGUUCGGUGAAUGGGAGCAACUGCGCUGAGCUUGCUAAGCAAGAGGAUAUUGAUGGCUUUCUUGUUGGUGGUGCUUCUUUGAAAGGUCCAGAAUUUGCAGUCAUUGUCAAUUCAGUGACUUCAAAGAAGGUGGUAGCUUGAAGCAAUCACUAGGAGGUCCACACCCACCCAACACCUUGAGAAAAUAUAUAUCCAGAGGUCAUCCUGUGUCAAUGAGAUGUGUAGUUCAUGAGUGACUGUUUAAUAGCAAAUUGUCUUAGUUAAGUUAUCCAUUUUUGACAUCCCAUGUAAAAGAGAUGAAAAGAAUCAGAACUUACUUGUGGACCUUCACCCCAAUAAGUCAAGAAAAUAAUCUGAUUGUCCUUCGGAAGCUUUGAUCUGUCGUAAAAUUCUAAGUUGUAUUACACU